GCUGGGGCUGGACCGGGACAGGAGAGCGAGCGCACGGGUCUUCUGCUUGAAGUCAACGCGCAUCCAAGGCUUUAUUUCCCAUUUUUCUCAUCCCGGGUGCCCUUUUCUUCCUGUGCUGUCCCUCCUGCUGAGAUGAGAUAAGCUGCACAACAUCAGCUGCCCACGAAGUUUUUGAAGCUGUUGGAAAGAGUUGAGACAGGAAAAGGGGAAGAUGCUGGGGUUAAAGGUCAUCGUGCUCUGUCUUCUGUUUGGAGCCCUGGCUCAUGGCCAGGCAACACAGUGCAGCAAAAAGAAUGAAUGUCCCAUAGACGUGUACUUCACCAUCGACACAUCUGAGACUAUCGCCCUGCAAGAGCCGCCCCCUGGAUCACUAGUGGAGAGCAUCAAGAAAUUCACAGAGGAGUUCGUUCAACGUUUAGAAGAUGCUGAGUUCAAAGGUGCUGUGCAGAUCAACUGGAAUGUCGGCGGGCUGCACUUCUCCCAGAACCAGUCAAUAAUCAGUCCCAUCGGAUCCAAGAAGGAUUUCAUCACUGGUGUCAGAAACAUCCGCUACCUGGGUAAAGGCACCUACAUCGACUGUGCCCUCGCCCGCAUGACCAAGGAAAUGCAAAGUCAAACCUCGGACAACGCGUCCCUCCGAUUUGCUGUGGUCAUCACUGACGGCCAUGUGACCGGAAAUCUAUGUGGAGGCAUCAAGGUGGCAGCAGAGAAGGCACGUGACGAGCUUAUCCGAUUAUUUGUAGUAGCAGCAACGAAGAACGUGGACGAAACAGGUCUGAGGGAGAUCGCCAACUCUCCUGCGACGGUCUACAGGAGGGAGUUCAUGGCCGUGGACCUGAGCCAGGGGAGAGCCAGCAUACAUAUACCUACCAUCAACCGCAUCAUUAAGACUAUGAAACAAAUGGCCUAUGCAGAGUGCUACAAAGUUCCCUGUCUGGAGACAGAAGGGCCUCAAGGUCCAAUAGGCCACAGUGGACAAAAAGGGGCUAAAGGUGACAACGGCGACCCAGGUCUGAAAGGACAGAGUGGUCGCCAAGGAGACCCAGGUAUCGAGGGUCCAAUUGGCCAGCCCGGUAUCAAAGGAGAAUCAGGUCAUAAAGGCGACAAGGGAGAGAUUGGAUCUCAGGGUAAGAAGGGUGUGGCUGGUAUCUCAGGACGCAACGGGACUGAUGGACAGAAGGGUAAAAUUGGAAGGAUCGGUGCUCCCGGCUGCAAAGGAGACCCAGGCGACAGAGGUCCCGAUGGUCACCCCGGAGAUGUCGGCGAUCGUGGUCUUUCUGGAACUGAUGGAGAGAAGGGAGAUCCCGGACGUCCUGGUAGACCUGGGCCCCUUGGCCCGUCUGGAGAGGCUGGCCCAAAGGGGGAGAGGGGAAGUCCUGGAUCACCUGGCAUGCCUGGAAAGACAGGAACCCCAGGAAAAGGUGGAUCUGCAGGAACCAAUGGAGAACCGGGGAGGAGAGGGGACUAUGGGCCAAAGGGUGGUGUAGGGCCAGAUGGAACUAUAGGAGACAAGGGUGAAAUGGGGUCAGAGGGCCUGAGAGGGCUUGCAGGUGAAUUAGGAAACAAAGGUACAAAGGGAGACAGUGGUCUGCCAGGCCCCAGAGGAUCACCAGGAGCACCAGGAGAGUCUGGGAAAAAUGGUACCAGAGGUGACCCUGGUGAUGCUGGAUCUAGAGGAGAGUCCGGACAGGCUGGACCGAAGGGAGACUAUGGAAGACCUGGCUUUAGCUAUCCUGGAACGAGAGGACCAUCGGGUGACAGAGGAGAGAAGGGUAACCGUGGACCUCGCGGCGGCAGGGGAGAUUGUGGUCAAAAAGGCGGACCUGGAGUUAAAGCAGGUCCAGGAGAAGCAGGUGAGCCAGGGCCUCAGGGUGAACCUGGAAUGAGAGGACCAAGAGGAGAGCUUGGGCGUGACGGAGAUCCAGGUCCUGAGGGAGACCCUGGCCUCACUGAAUGUGACGUCAUGAACUACAUCAGGGAGACAUGUGGCUGCUGUGACUGUGAGAAACGCUGCGGAGCCUUGGACAUUGUGUUUGUGAUUGACAGCUCAGAGUCUGUGGGCCUCACCAACUUCACCCUGGAGAAGAACUUUGUCAUCAACACCAUCAACAGACUGGGAUCUCUUGCCAAAGACCCUCAGUCAGACACAGGUACAAGAGUAGGAGUUGUCCAGUACAGUCACAAUGGGACGUUCCAGGCCAUCCAACUCGAUGACCCCAAGAUCGACUCAAUGUCUGCUUUCAAGGAUGCAGUGAAGCGUCUGGAGUGGAUCGCUGGUGGAACGUGGACUCCAUCUGCUCUGAAAUAUGCCUACGACCACCUGAUCAGGGACAGCCGCAGAGCCAAAGCCAAUGUCACUGUCGUGGUCAUCACCGAUGGACGCUUUGACCCUAGAGAUGACGACUCGCUGCUCACCUACCUCUGCAGUGAUCCCAGUAUUGAUGUGAGUGCCAUCGGUAUCGGAGACAUGUUCGACCAGAUUGAGGAGAAUGAGAGUCUGAAGAGUAUCGCCUGCCAGAGGGACGGCAGGGUGAUGGGCAUGAGGCGCUUUGCAGACCUGGUGGCCGAGGAGUUCAUUGACAAGAUUGAACACGUGGUCUGCCCAGAACCUAUCAUUGUGUGCCCUGAUCUCCCGUGUAAAUCAGAGCCUGCUGUGGCCAGCUGUGUUCAGAGACCAGUAGAUGUGGUGUUCAUGCUGGACGGUUCUGAGAGGAUGGGAGUGGAGAACCACCGCAGGGCCAAGGAGUUCAUUGAAAAUGUUGCCCGUCGCCUCACCCUGGCCAACGGCCCGUCAGAUGAGAGGAACGCCCGCUUGGCUCUGCUGCAGUAUGGCAGCCCCAUAGAACAGAGGGUGGAGUUCCCGCUCACACACAAUCUCACUGUGAUCUCUGAUUCACUGGGGUCUGUCAAAUACAUGGACUCCUCUUCUGCUCUGGGCAGCGCCAUCAUCCAUGCUGUCAACAAUGUGUUGAUUUUACAGAGGGGAGAGCGCAAGACUCGCCGCAACGCUGAGGUGGCCUUUGUGUUCAUCACUGAUGGCAUCACAUCAGGUGAGCAGCUGGAUGAGGGCGUAACCGCCAUGAGACGAGCGGAAGGCGUUCCCACGGUGAUCGCCAUGGGAACCGACACAGACGAAGAGGUGCUGCAGAAGGUGUCGCUAGGGGACAUGUCGGCCGUCUUUAGAGGAGAUGACUACACCAUUAUGAACAAGCCUACAUUCUUUGAGCGCUUCAUCCGCUGGAUAUGCUAGUCAGGAACUGUAAUGCUCUCCACCAUAGACUUAGAAUCUAUAGAGUGAAAGAAAGACCUUCAGUGUAAACACAUAGAGGCAUCAACCAACCUCUGCAGUCAUUAUCAUUAUAAAUAAUGGAUAUAAGGCACUGAAGCGGCCACAUAUCCUCUUUUUAUUGGUGAAGGUUAAUUUACAGAAGCCAAAACAAUCCACGUAGGAGUAGCACACACAGAUGCAAAAACAUAGGCUUGCAAUAUCAUUUGUAACUUGGUUGUAUUUGUUCUAAAACCAUGGUCAGCAUUCCAACCAAAGACACUCAUACGUAUAGUGGAGAGGUGUAUGAUUAUUGAAUGUGUACGAAACAAAUUGUAUUCUUUAUUUUGUUUUUAUUUUGUAUUGAUUUUCAGUUUGCAGAAAAGUCUCUCUCUCUCUCUCUCUCUCUCUCUCUCUCUCUCUCUCAGUCACAUUAUUUUCAUUAAAGGUGCUAAAACAGAAAAAAGGACAAAGCCACCUGACUGGUUCUGCAACUUUUUUGUACAUCAUGUUAAUGCUGUAAUAACUGAUUGUUUGUUCAGGGGAUAAAAAAACACAUGCAGACAUGUCAUCUCCAUGUAAACAAAAGCACACAUUGAUGCCAAACAGGAAUCACACAUAAACACACACAUAUAGUGUAGUGUGUUAGACAAACAAAAGAACCCGUUCUGUAAAAAUGAAGUCCAAAUAAAGCCUAAUGUGGUCACCCCAA